AUGGAGCUGGUAACAGAGGGCGCUUCAUGGAGCUGGCAGCAGGGGGAGCUUCAUGGAGCUGGCAACAGAGGGCGCUUCAUGGAGCUGAUCACACCCCCCCCGGCCCGCCAACAAAUCCACGCCCCGGCUUGUCAACAGAUCACGCCCCCCCGGCCCGCCAACAAAUCCACGCCCCGGCUCGUCAACGCCGGAGAAUCUGCACACUUCAGUGCAGAGCCCCCUCCACGGUGUGGUCUGAAGGCAGAGCCCCCUCCACGGUGUGGUCUGAAGACAGAGCCCCCCUCCAUGUGUGGUCUGAAGGCAGAGCCCCCUCCACGGUGUGAUAUGAAGACAGAGCCCCCUCCACGGUGUGGUCUGAAGACAGAGCCCCCUCCACGGUGUGAUAUGAAAACAGAGCCCCCUCCACGACAGAGCCCCCCUCCACAGUAUGGUCUGAAGGCAGAGCCCCCUCCACGGUGUGGUCUGAAGGCAGAGCCCCCUCCACAGUGUGGUCUGAAGACAGAGCCCCCUCCACAGUGUGGUCUGAAGACAGAGCCCCCUCCACGGUGUGGUCUGAAGGCAGUGCCCCCUCCACGGUUCUGUCUGAAGACAGAGCCCCCUCCACAGUGUGAUAUGAAGACAGAGCCCCCUCCACAGUGUGGUCUGAAGACAGAGCCCCCUCCACAGUGUGGUCUGAAGGCAGUGCCCCCUCCAUGGUUCUGUCUGAAGACAGAGCCCCCUCCACAGUGUGAUAUGAAGACAGAGCCCCCUCCACGGUGUGAUCUGAAGACAGAGCCCCCUCCACAGUGUGGUCUGAAGACAGAGCCACCUCAACAGUGUGAUAUGAAGACAGAGCCCCUCCACGGUGUGGUCUGA